GCCCUCAAUCCUCUUCUCUCCUCCUCCUCCGCUUUGAUCCAUCCACAGAGAUGCAGAGAUCGAUUCUCAAUUCCUCCACUUUCUUCGGAGACGUCGUCAGGAGAGAGAUCGAUGGCUUCCGAGUGAAUCGGAGGCCUUAUUUAGGUUUCCUCUCAUCUGAGCCUGGUGCUGGUGGUGCGGUGGCAAUCGAGCAUCAAGGCCUUAUGUCUAUCCCCCUCGUCGUCUCCUUCUGCAAGAUGAGUGGAAAUUCUCAUUUUCUUGCAGUUGGUGAUGAGGAUGGGUUUGUUAGCUUGUAUGACACACGCCAAUGUCUCCCUUCGGUCGCAUCUUGCAUGGAGAAAUCAGGACAAGCUAGGGUUUUUGAUUGGAUUGCGCACACUAAUGCUAUUUUUGAUGUAUGCUGGAUAAAGGAUGACAGCCAUAUUGUGACCGCUUCUGGUGAUCAAUCUAUAAAACUAUGGAAUGCUGAGAACAGGAAAUGCAUGGGAAUCUUGGGAGGACACACUGGCAGUGUAAAAUCCAUCUCACCUCAUGCAUCUAAUCCUGACAUCAUUGUUUCUGGCUCUAGAGAUGGAUCUUUUGCCCUAUGGGAUCUCAGAUGUAACCCAACAUCCACAAGAAAUGGGGAAACACGCUUAUUGCCUGUUGAUGUUGUCUCAGGAGCUCAUGGUUUUAACAAAGAAGUGUCUACUGUUCCAAUAAAGUCCCGUACUUGUAAUUCCUUUAGAAGAAAAAGGGCUCCUCGAGCGUCUCCAAUGAGCAUUACUUCAGUGCUCUGUCUUAAGGAUUCUCUUUCAAUUGCCACUGGCGGGGCACUGAACAGCAUUGUGAAAUUCUGGGAUACUCGCAACUUAAGCUCUGCUGUGGCCCAAGCUUGCCCUCAAAAUAAACCUUCUGCUGAAAAGGAUACACCAUCCCAUGGUAUUUCGUCCUUAUCGCAAGAUUCACAUGGGGCAUUUAUCACGGCUUCUUGCAUGGACCAUAGGAUUUACUUGUAUGAGGUCCUCCAUCUCAACAAAGGAGCCACAAAAGUUUUUUCUGGUAGCAAAAUUGACACAUUUUAUGUCAAGUCUGCGCUCAGUCCUGAUGGAGCUCAUUUGCUUUCUGGCUCCAGUGAUGGCAAUGCAUAUAUCUGGCGGGUUAACAAGCCUGAAGGGAUCCCAGUCAAAUUGGAGGGUCAUGAAGGGGAAGUUACUGCAGUAGAUUGGUGUUCAUCAGAGAUCGGAAAACUAGUUACCUCUGCAGAUGAUUCCAAGGUUCGAGUCUGGAAUAUGAAGAGGGGGGGUUGUAUAAGCUCAAAGUCUCCAACUUCUCUUCGGAAGAGAGUUGUAGCUAAUGCCCCAAGGAUAAAGAGGUGCAGAAGAUUGGUCAUGAAUGAUCCAGCAACAGUCUUGAAGGAAGUAACUGAUAACACCUGCUCCAUGGAGCAAACAACAGAACCAUCCUCCCCAAUUCAAUUGAAGGAACUUCAGUUCUCUACUCCAGAAUCUGGAAAGAAAAGGAAUCAAAUGGAGGAAAAUGAAGCACUAAUGACACAAAAAGCAGCAUUGAGUAGCCCAUCUUCAGUUUUGAAUCCUCCUCCAUCUUUGAAAAGGAAAACCAUUCUUGACUACUUCCAUGCAGCUUCAUAACAGGUGAACUCACAAUGCAGGAUCGUCGUUACUUUUCUGAUGAUGCAAGUGAAACUACCAAGUAAUUAUUUCCAUGAUUUUUUCUAUUGAUCUGCACAUGCUGCAGUGAUAAAAAAUUGAAUACAUGCUCCGCAACUGUUCUCUAUUCUGGUUACUGGGGACCUGAGUCUCAAGUUUUUGGAUGGCAAUAGAAUGCUGGGCUCCAAUAUUCUUUUCCUUGUCUUUUUACUUCUGAGCAUCUGUCUGCUUGAUUAAUACUUCACCAAGAUAUCUAUAGAUGUCUUCGUGUUAAUCUUUGUAACCAUUCAUGAUAAUGUAUCAAGUAAAAUUUUGGUUUUUAUUUUUUCUGAUCAGAAGAAUACUCUUUUGAUGCUUUGAGAUGCUGGUCUGUGACAUCAACAAACCUUUAUGG